GCACUGUGAAGGUACUAGUUUACGUUGUGGGUGAAGUGAUCGGUGACUGUGAUUUAUAACAUCUUUAUUAAAUGUAUGAAUGUUGUGGGACAGAUGUAGGUUUUCAACAAUACACACACUUUAUUUGCUCCUAGAGUACAUAAACGUCCUUUAUUGUGCAUAUGGAAACCUGUACGCCAUUAUAUCUCAGUACAUUGCUGAAUUUGAGGUAGGUCUGAUAAAGAAGACAGUGGAAGAGAUGAUUCAAUAUGAAGAAGCCUUCAAGUAUUUAAAUACAAAAUUCCCACUUCUCAGCGAUUCUAAGAUAAAAGAUGGAAUUCUCGUUGGUCCGCAAUUUCAAGAACAACGUAAGGCGUUACUACUAAAACCUGUAUAUAUCCUGGCAUAUCUUCGGGCUUCCUGUCUGGGAUAUGUUUGCCUAGUAAAAGAAUUGAGAACGAAGCUUCUGGAUAGAAUUGUUGAGGUGAGACGGAGUGUGACACAAAUCUGCCGCCAAUCCUGGUCGCGACGCGCGCGGAGCAGCCGGCCGCCGCCCCCAGAGCCCCGCCCGCCCCGCCGCUCCUCGCCCCGCCUGCUCCUCCGGACCGGAAGUGAGUGCUGACGGUCAGCACGGGCGAGCAGGAGCUAUGGCAGUAGCCUCUCUGUGGCGCAACGUGCUCCGGCGCGCCAUGGGCAAGUGGCGCAGCAAGUCGUACAGCCGCGCGCCAGACGACGGCGCGUGCUCGCCCGAGGAGGCGGUGGCGGCGGCCGGGUGCGCGACGCUGCUGCCGGCGGCGGGGCCCAAGGGCAGCAUCAGCGCGGCCGUGUCUGCGUCGACGGCGGCCGCCCCCG